CUCGUUGACCCAAACGGAGUCUUUUCAGCGCCGGAGAAAGCGUAGGAUAGAGAAGCUUUCUGAUGAACUAGCUAAAUCCUUUACUGUAUAGAUCGAUGAGGAGACUCUUGAGCCGCACCUCAAAAACUUUUAAAGACAAUAUAGUUCGGCGGGCAAUAGAUCUACACCAACAAAUUGCCUCCUCUUCGUACGACUAUCUCAUUAUGUCCCCUGGAUCCUCCGAUUGGUGCGAGGAGAGAUUCCCGAUGAAUCCAAGCUCUUGUCUUAGACGCUCAAGGACACCGUCAAGUGGAGACCAAUUUUAUGACGAUGUCGCCGGUGUGUUUCAGUGUCUUUACCCUGGCAUAUACAGGCGAGGAAUGCCAGGCGAAGAGAACGUACUCGCGGCGCCGCCUGUCGUCCUCGUGUACGACCACACGAGCCCCAAAACACUUCGAGGUACCACUCGACGAUCGCAAUCUCAAAGACACCUACAACAAAACCAAGACAUGGAAAGCCCUGCAUUCAAGUCGAAUCGUAGGAUUGCCGGAUUAAGAAAUGUUGCCAAGAGACGAACUAGGGAUAAGACUCUGCCUGCAAAUCACUCGUCUGACUCGAUGGAGGACUACCCACGUAGAAUUGGUGGGGGCGUUGGCGGGUACCUUUGA